UUUAUAUAGCGCAGUGUUUUUCCCGUAAGCGCAGCGCGCAAUGUGUUUUGUCUAAAAAUAACAACAAAAGAAUAAAACAAAUUAAUCAAAUUUGUUUGUUAGUGUGUGUGUGUGUGUUAUAUAUCGACCAAAUAUAAUAGUUAUUAACAACAAUCAUUAACAUAACACAGCAGCGCACCGCAAACAAAAAGAAACAAACUUAAUUUACGAAUUAUGCAACCACAGCCAGAGCACCAAAUGCCAUAGAGCACCAACAACAACAACAACAACAGAAACUACAUCAGUAUAUAAAUUGCUUUUGCUGUAACGUAGUAGAGCACACACAGUCACAGUAACCAACAGCACAUAGAGUCAAGUCAGCAAAGCACAGUCAACAGUCCACAGUCCACAGUUGUCUACACAAAUUCAAGUCGAAAUGGUGGACGACAUAUCGCCCAUGCAUCAUCGCAUGCAGAAGAAGACGCGCAGCGCGUCCAUUUGCGCGACAGGCGCCAGCAUCGAGACUGUCAUACACAACAUGCCCUCGGGCAGUGCCACGCCCGAAGGCGGCACGCCGGGCUACAGGCGUCGUCGGCCAGCCACACGCUCGCAAAGUGCACGCAUCACUUCAGGCGCCCGAUCGGUACGUCGCCGCACACAGACGCAGCAGCAGCAGCAGCAGCAACAGCAGCACACGCUGCAGGACACGCGCUCCUAUUGCACCAGUGAGCCGCGUCUUAGCGAAACGGAGACGCCACCGCAGCGCCGCAAGCUGUCACAACGCCACAGGCCGCAGCCACACGGACAUAGAAAAUCCAACGCCUUUCUGGACGUGCCCACAAUGAACAUGCAUCACCUGAGAGUGAACGAUGACGACGAGGAUGUGGAUCGACUGCGCACAUUCAGUGCAUCCAAGGGAGGCAUCAUCAAUCGUGGCGACUCCUUCAGACGACGACGCUCGCGCAGCAACAGUUUGGCACCCGCCAGUCCGUUGCAUCCACGUCAUGCCAUGACAGCGCUAAAUGGUGGAGGAGUUGGCGGCGGCAGCAGCUUAGGGCUGGGUAAUGGCUAUGGCGAGCCGCCGGCACAGGAUCAAACUCAACAUCAGCCCGUGGAGUUCUAUCACGUGGAGAUGCUGGGCUCACAGGGUGUGGGCAAGCAGGCGCUGGUGUCGCAGUUUCGCACCUCUGACUGCAUCAAUGCCUACGAUGGACCAGAAUGCGAUGAGGGCGAGCAAAACAUUUCAAUUAUACUCAAUGGCAUUGAGUCGGAGCUAAAGUUUGUUACUGGCAACACUGAGAACAAGGAGGAACUCGAGCAGGCGGACGCUUUUCUUGUGGUCUACUCCUGCAUUGACAAGGAGUCCUUUACGCGUGCCAAGCAGAUACUAUCGCGCUUGCAGGACAUGGACUUGCUGCGCCAUCGACCCACCAUACUCGUGGCCAACAAAAUUGAUUUGGCCAGAUCACGCUCCGUUUCGGCGCAAGAUGGUAAAUGCGUGGCCUGCACCUUCGGCGCCAAGUUCAUUGAGGUCUCGGUGGGCAUUAACCACAACUGUGAUGAGCUGCUCGCCGGCACUUUGACACAAAUUAGGCUCAAGAAGGAUCAGAAUCUAUUGCAUCUAAAGCCGAAAAAGUCUAAAGACAAAAGCAAAACAAAAGAUAGCAAAGACAAAAACAAUCAUGUAGAGACUGUAGAAACUGACAAGUGUCUAAACCUGACUGAUCUUAAAGCCGACGAGGCGGGACCAAGAGAUGGCAGCUCACCGGCUCAUUGGUACAAGAGCCGCAGCGUCAUGUUGGCCAGCAUGAAGGCUCGCCAGAUGCUCACCUGGAUACUGGGCAAGGAGGACUCCAAGUUCAAGCACUGCGAGAACUUGCAAGUGCUUUAAGCUACGCUAAGCUGUAAUUAGAUAAACUAAUUUGUAUUUAUAUAUCUCUAUAUAUAUAUUGUAUGGCUAUAAAUCAAAGUAAUUUAUGCAAAACAGAACCAAAAUGUAACAAAAAACCUAAACAAGGUUUCCUUGAAAUAAUACACGCACACUCUGUAUGUGUGUGUGUGUCUAUAGUUGAUAUAUUUAAAUUGUUUUCAACGCUAAACAACAUUGCGCGCUAAUUUUGAGUUUACAAACAAGCCUGAUAAUCAAAUAUUAAAUCAAAUUUAAUGUUAAAAACCACAAAAAUCAAAAUGUAUUUAUAUGUGUGAGGGCAAGCAAACUUAUGGAACCAAAAUAAAAACACUACACCUUAAACUUUCUAGUUAUAUAUAUAUAAUACAUAUACGUAUAGUAAAGUAAAUAAACAAAGCUUUCAGCAAACUUUCUGUCUAAACCUAUUUACAACAAUUUAAUUUUUAUAAAAUUUAUAUGUAUGUAUGUGUAGUAGUGUCCACAGUUAGCUAGCAACAAUUAAACUUAAACCAAAGCGUUGCUUUUUCAUUAUUUUUGUGUUUAACAUACUUUAUGUCUUCCGAUAUUGUAAAUAGUCCAAAGUUAAAUUGCAAUGUAAGGAAUUUGAGUGUUGACAAAUGUAAACACAUUACAAACAAUAAUUAUAAUAAUAAAAGCUAAGCA